CCCUCGCAAAUAUUCAUAUUUAAACUAAUCACGUGAUGCCAAGUCUACGUCCCCAGCGACGUUUCUUGCGAACGACCACCUCGUCAUGACCAAGACGGGCCAAGUAGCGACGACAGCGACAGCGACGACAGCGACAGCGUCCAUCCCACCGAACAAAGCGAAGCCCACACUCCGAGUCCCCCAUCUGGACCCUAUACCACUCUUCUCCCAACACCUGCACCCACCCCCCUCCUUGCAUCCCCCAUCCCGAGUCCCUGGAGCUUAGCUCCCACCCACGCCCAACAUGCACAUCCCCCACCGCCCCUCCAGCAUCACAAUGCCCACGCUCCUAUCCCUCCUCCUCCCCCUCCUACUCCCACUCUCCGCCGCGGCGCUAGGGACGAUCGACUGCUCCAAGAUGCUAGCCGAUAAGCAUAACUUUGAUCUCAGCGCGCUGGAUGGGCCGCACUCGGUCAUGCAUGGCGUGGAGCAGCCGCCGUCAUUUCUGAAUACCACGUAUACGAUUAAUAUCUGUCGGCCGCUGGUGCCGGAUAGCGAUGUGAAGAAGGAGGAGAGGUGUCCGGGGCCUACUCGAGUCUGCGCAAUCGAGCGCCUAAUCAACGAAAAAACCACCACCAUCUCCCGCGUCAUCCCCAUAGCCGGCGAUCUCCAAAACUUCCCCGGCGGCACCCUCCUCGACGCCUCCUACACGCGCCUCCGCACCGCCCCUUCCCCCGCCGACCAAGCGCGCGAGGGCAUCCGCGUCGAGCUACACGGCGGGUCGUAUAACGGGCGGAAACAGAAAGCUGUGGUGGAGUUUUUGUGUGAUCCUGAGGUGGAGGGGACGGAGGAGGAGGAGGGGGAGGAGGGGGUGUUGGAUGUGUACAGACGAAAGGAAGAGGGGGGGAAUAGCACGACGAGGGCGACGAAGGCGUUGGUGUUUAAGAAGUAUGGACCUGAGGGGGCGAAGGGGGAGGUUGAUGUGCUGACGCUGGAGUGGUGGACGAAGUAUGCUUGUGAGAGUGUUGAGGGGGGAGGGGGGAAGGAGAAGGGGAGUUGGGGGUUUUUUACUUGGUUUAUUAUUAUCGCAUUCCUAUCCACAGCAGCCUACCUCAUCUUCGGCUCCUGGCUCAACUACAACCGCUACGGCGCUCGCGGGUGGGACCUCCUCCCCCACGGCGACACCAUCCGCGACGUCCCCUACCUCGUCAAAGACUGGUCCCGUCGCGUCUUCAACACCGUGCAAGACAGCGGGUCAAGGGGCGGGUAUUCCGCCGUAUAGAUUGUUUAUCCGUCUUGUAUUUUGAAAAGGGGAUUACCUAUUCUACCGUGUCUUUUUUGGGGGGAAGGGGGUUACUUAGUAUACUUACUUACCUUGCCGCCUUUUGCCAGUUUAUGGCGUUUCGGGACGCAGCGCCCUGUUCACAUCGGUUUUUGUAGCAUAUAGAAGGGUCUUGGAAUGGGAUUUUAAUGUCCGUGGUGCCUUUUGUGAACCACUUCUUUUCUCACACACUUCAUACUUCACACUUCACUUCAUCUUACAAUACUUGCACGCACGGCGUAGAAGUUGAAAAGACUAGUAUUAUUAUACACGCUGGCUACAUAUCCAGACUUACUGUGGUUAACGUCGCGUUUACCCCCCGCAGACCUAUUCAUCUAACCCCCAAUGGCCCUGAAAAUUUCAAAGAUGCCUGCCUCACUACCGAACGCCCCGUCUUUUCCCACAAUGCUACCGAGACGCCGAAUUAUAUGCACACACUCCCCCCCUCCCCCUUCCACUAUCCC